AUGUCGAAUAAAGACGUCCAUACUGAGUACAGCAAGAUCAUCCUCAAGGCAGGCGGCUGGGUUUGGCUCAGUUGGGUCGGGACAAUCGAGUUGCAGUUGAGCAGGUCGAAGGGCCAGUGUCAAUCGCCCAUCAAUCGCGUUGGACUUUCCCAAGACCUGCUGGCCGACAAGGCCGUCCAUGCCUGGGUUUCCACCACCUCGGCAGAGCCGCUGCAGAUGCAGGUGACGGAGCCGAUCGUCCUUUUCCUGAGUCUCUACGUGGCGCUGAAUUUCGGCAUCUUGUACAACUUCUUCCCUGCGGUCCCCCUCGCCUUCAUCGCCAUCACCGUCAGCUGUCUCCUGGCCACGGCUACGAACGUCAGCGUCGAUCUGGCUCUGCAGAGAAGAACGCAUACGGUACCACUGGCGCCGCUACAGUCACGCUCGAGGCAGCUCGAAGACAUCCUCUGGCCAGCGAUAUUUGGCAGCGUCGGGAUCCCAAUCGGCCUGUUCUGGUUCGACUGGACGGUUCGGAGUGACGUCCACCGGGCGAGUCCCGUCUGCGCACUGAUCCCCUUUGCCUGGGGCAAUCCCUGUGUCUUUGCCUCUGCUAUCAGCUACCUGGUCAACAUUUACGGGCCGACGUAUGGUGCCUCGGCCACGGCCGCCAACGCGUUUGCUCGGUACGGCUUUGCGGCCGCGUUUCCCCUUUCGCCGUGCAGAGUAGGUCAGCUCUUGGAGCCCGAGUAG